AUGGAUUGUGGUAUUCAGCUAAGUGGACGAAUAGUGAAAAAAAUGGGGGAAGUUGUGACUAUUUUAAAAAGGACAAAUAAUUUAAAAAAUUUAGAAAAAUGGCUCAAAUACUGUUGUCUAAAUAUUCGACAUUUCAAAAAAUUGUUAAAGAAAUGUACUUGUGUUGGAACAAAAAGUCAUUUGGAAGCCAAUAUUUUUGCAAUGAUAAGCUUUCGCGAACAAAUAAAAUCAUUUUUACAUAAAGGUGGUAGUUAUGUUAAUAGAAAAAAAGUUCGCGGAAUGAAGUGGGAAGACAUCGAGUCAGCAUUCAAAAGUCGUUUAAGGACAAGUGUAAUAGUGAAUACAUCAUUAUGUUGUGAGUUUGUUAAGAGUAUUGAUAAUGAAAAUGUAUCUUCACUGAAAUGUUUUAAUACGAAGAAUGUAAUUAUUGAUCGUCAAACAGAUCUAAAAAAAUGGUUUUUGGCAAAUGUUGAAGGACCACUUUUAGCAGAAUUGGAGGAAUUUCAAGAACGUGAUAGUGGAUGGGCAUUAAGGGAGGUGGUUCAUUUAAGAAUACAUAUAAACAAAUGUCAAUUAUUAAGAGGCUCAUCAUACAUAGAAUUACCAAAAUGUAUUAAAGCGAAACAAGCUUGUGUGAAUGUUCAAAAUAAUGAUGGAGCAUGCUUUGCAUGGGCAGUAACUUCAGCCCUAUAUCCAGUAAGAGAGCAUUCAAACAGAAUGAGCUCAUAUCCACACUAUUCGACCGUUUUGAAAUUAAAAGGGAAAUAUAGUGUUGAGCCAGUGUUUCUAACAUCAAAAAAACAAGCAAUUCAUGUUAAUCUGUUAAUGAUACAAAAUAUUUAUUUACAAGAUCAUGAUGAUCAUUUUGAUUAUGAUAGUAUCAAACAUGAUAAUGAUGAUAUAACAAUUAAAUAUCAUUUUUGUUGGAUAAAGAAUUUAUCAAGACUCAUAUCAAGACAAAUGAGUAAACACGAUGGGGCAAUAUACAUAUGCGAUCGAUGUCAACAAUAUUUUGUGUCUGAAAUAAAAUUAAUAAAACAUAGUGAAGAAUGUGAACAGUAUAAUAAAUGUAAAGUUGUUUUACCAGCUCCAGAUAAAAAAAUAAUGAAAUUUAAAAACUUUGCAAAUAAAGAGCGUACAGUCAUUUCUGUUUAUGUUGACUUUGAGUGUAUCUUAGCGCCCAUAGACAAAUGUGUUGGUAAAAAAGCAAAAUGCUAUCAAAAACAUAUUGCUUACAGUGUUGGAUACUAUGUGUGUUGUACAUAUAAAAAUGAACUAAAUUAUUAUAAAUCAUACAGAGGUGAAAAUUGUGAAAGAUGGCUUGCAAUGGAACUGAAAACUUUAGCGGACAAAGUUAAUGAAACAAUUGAAAAUCCUGUACCAAUGAUCAAAUUAAAUGCUAGUGAAAAAGAAAAAAUUAAGAUGGUAACUAAUUGUCAUAUUUGUGGGGAGCCUCUCUCUGCUACGGAUCGAGUUUUAGAUCAUAAUCAUUUCACAGGCGCGUUUAGGGGAGUAGCCCAUUCGGAUUGUAAUUUAAAUUAUCAUGAAUCCCAUACUAUACCAAUUGUAUUCCAUAAUCUUAGUGGAUAUGAUGCACAUUUAAUUAUAGAAGAGAUAGCUACAGCCUUUAAAGGUAGUAUUAGUUUAAUACCUCUGACAAAAGAAAACUAUAUUUCUUUCAUAAAACAGGGUGUAUUCCCAUAUGAUUAUAUAAGCGAUUUAACUAAAUUAGAUGAACAAUCUCUACCAUCAAUUGAUAUGUUUUUUAGUACUUUAACUGAUUCAAAAAUUUCAAUUGAUGAAUACAGACAUGCUCAAAAUGUGUGGAAAGCCUUUAAUAUACAAACCUUGGGUGAAUAUAGUGAUUUAUAUUUAAAAACAGAUGUUUUAUUACUUGCUGAUAUUUUUGAAAAUUUUCGCGAUAUGUGCUUGGAAAAAUACCUCUUAGACCCCUGCCAUUAUUAUACUUUACCUGGGUUAACCUGGCAGGCAAUGUUAAAAUAUACGAAAGUCGAAUUAGAAUUACUAACUGAUAUUGAUAUGAUAAUGUUUGUGGAGCAAGGUACUCGGGGUGGAUUAAGCCAAUGUAGUAAUCGAUAUGCUAAAGCAAAUAAUAAAUAUAUGUCAAAUUAUGAUUGUAAUAAAAAGAGUGAAUAUUUAAUGUAUUGGGAUGUGAAUGGUAUGUAUGCUUGGGCAAUGCAACAGUGUCUCCCAUUAAAGAAUUUUCAAUGGUGUACUGAUACGGACAUUGAUGUAAAGUCUAUACCGGAUGAUAAUCCAGAAGGGUACAUUUUUGAAGUUGAUUUAAAAUAUCCAGAUGAUAUACAUGAUAUCCAUAAUGAUCUUCCCAUGUGUCCCACUCACGAAAAGCCUCCGGGGGGGAAAAAAAUUUAA